AUGGUGUCGGACAAUGAGAAGGGUUUGGUAUUAGCUGUGGCGUCAAGCGUAUUCGUGGGGUCGAGCUUCAUUUUGAAGAAGAAAGGUCUCAAGCGUGCUGCUGCUAGUGGCACCCGAGCUGGGUUUGGAGGUUAUACAUAUUUGCUAGAGCCACUUUGGUGGGUAGGCUUGGUUACAAUGACAUUUGGAGAAAUUGCAAACUUUGUGGCGUACGUUUAUGCUCCGGCUGUGUUAGUCACCCCUCUCGGUGCCUUAAGUAUAAUCAUCAGUGCUGUUUUGGCACAUUUCCUUUUAAACGAAAAGCUUAGGCAAAUGGGAGUUUGGGGAUGUGUUUGUUGCAUUGUGGGCUGUGUCAUGAUUGUCAUUCACGCACCUCAGGAGCAGACUCCCAACUCUGUUCAAGCAAUCUGGAAACUCGCUAUGCAACCAGCUUUUCUGAUUUACGUAGCCGCAUCAAUGUCUAUUGUCCUGGCUUUGAUUCUCUACUGUGAACCUCUCUGCGGCCAAACCAACGUUCUUGUUUAUACCGGGAUUUGUUCCUUGAUGGGUUCCCUCACGGUUAUGAGCAUAAAGGCCGUGGGGAUUGCGAUCAAAUUAACAUUGGAAGGGAUAAACCAGAUUUGGUACCCAGAGACUUGGUUUUUUAUCAUGGUUGCAACAAUCUGUGUCGUUAUGCAGAUGAUUUACCUGAACAAGGCGCUGGACACAUUCAACGCAGCAAUCGUUUCUCCAAUCUACUAUGUCAUGUUCACAACUCUAACAAUCUUUGCUAGUGCCAUCAUGUUCAAGGACUGGUAUGGGCAAAGCACAGACAGCAUAGCCUCUGAGAUAUGUGGAUUCAUCACUGUGCUUACAGGAACAGUUAUACUACAUGCCGCGAGAGAAGAAGAAGAAGCUUCCCCAAGAACAAACAGAUGGCACGAUUCAGCAGCAAAGAGCAUUAACGAAGAACGUCUGUUAGGUUAA